UUUGGUUACAUGCGACGGUCGGUGCAUAACAAAUGGUCGACAUGUUUCAUCAACGAUGCGGUCAUCAUAUUACUUUAACGAACAACAAUUGCACGGCCGUACGGGAUCAUUCGGAUUACAAUUACGGAUUGGUUUUCAGCGCGGAGCCAUUAAAGAAUGACGAACUUUUCGAAGUCCGAAUCGACAAGAAGAUGAUAUCAUGGAGUGAUAGCAUACAGAUCGGUGUAACAGAAUUUGAUCCAGAAAUUACAGAACUGCCAAACUGUGCUACCAACCUUUGUCAAGGAACAUGGAUUAUGUCCAUCUCCGAUAUAGUCCACAAUGGAAUAAGGAUAGUAGAAAUGUACGGAACAAACUUGGACUCUUUAGGCGAAAAAAGUACUUUGGGAUUAAUGAGAACAUCUAAUCACGAGCUGAUAUUUUACAUCAAUGGAGUUUCUCAAGGUGUGGCAGUAUCCAAUAUCCCAGAACGUGUUUUUGCAGUCGUAGAUAUUUAUGGUGCUUGUACACAAAUUACUAUAACUCACACGCAAAUUGCCUCUGUUGUAUGUAACAAGCCAAAGGACGAAGUUGAAAUUAAUAAUGAUUAUGCUCUUGGGGAAACAUCUAAUUCCUCCACAACUAAUCUAGUCGCUAAUUUGAAUGUUAAUUUAAAUGUUAAUGUAAAUGUUAAUUUACCCAAGAAUCCAAGUCUUGCUGCUAUUAGAGAGGACAGACUGAGGUUUCAUGAGAGGGUUGGUACACUGGUAAAACUAUCCAACAAUGCCAGAACUGCUGAAAGGAUGAGACCUUUAGAUGAAUUUAAUAAUGGUGUAGUAAUGACUCAUAGACCAUUAAGGGACAAUGAAUUGUUUGAAGUACGAAUUGACAGACUCGUGCACAAAUGGUCGGGCAGUAUAGAAGUUGGAGUCACUAUGCAUAGUCCUACAGCAUUGGAAUUCCCUGCAACAAUGACUAACAUGCGGUCAGGAACAACAAUGAUGUCUGGCUGUGGGAUUUUGGUAAAUGGAAAGGGCACUUGCCGUGAAUACGGAGAAUUUAACUUAGAUGAAUUGAGGGAAGGAGACAGGGUAGGCAUGAUAAGACGAAGCAAUGGGAAUCUUCAUUAUUUAAUAAAUGGUUUAGACCAAGGUAUUGCUGCUAAAAUACCUACAGGUGUAUGGGGUGUUAUUGAUCUCUAUGGUAUGACGGUAAAAGUUACGAUCGUGGAUCGAGAUGAAAGGGAAGAACAAAAUUUAGUUACUAGAAGAAACACUUUGCAACUGCAAGGCCUAAAUGAAACGGAAGAAGAACCACCGGAUAGACUUAUGUUCCAUUCCUGCUGUGGUACGCACGUGGAAGUGAUUAAUAAUGGACGCACAGCGCAUAGGCCUAACAUAAUGGACGAUUUCAACAACGGCGUUGUACUAACUUCAAGACCGCUGAAAUUAAAUGAAUUGUUCGAAGUUAGAUUGGACAAAAUUGUGACAAAGUGGGCAGGAUCCAUCGAGAUAGGGGUUACCACUCAUUCUCCAACCGAACUGGAGUUCCCUUUCACUAUGACAAAUGUUAGAUCCGGCACAUGGAUGAUGACAGAAAAUGGAGUAAUGCACAAUGGCACUACCAUUAUAGAUCAGUACGGUCAGAACCUCGAUCGACUGCAAGUCGGAGACCGUGUAGGCGUGAUGAGAAAGGAUAACGCGACGUUGCAUUUUUACGUGAACGGAGCUGACCAAGGAGCUGCUGCAAUGAAUGUGCCCGAAAGAAUUUAUGGCGUUAUAGAUCUUUAUGGUCAGGCGGCACAGGCAACUAUAGUUGACAAUGCAGACUUAUAUAGCCCUACAACAAAUAAUUCAAGUUUUAGCAAUACAACUUUGUAUAGUGACUUAAGGUUUCAUCACAUACACGGUAAAAAUGCAAAGAUAAUAAACAACGGAUUGACCGCGUUGAGGCCUAGAGCUUUAGGCGAGUUCAAUGAGGCCAUCGUAAUAGCGAAUCGUGCGCUGCGGGAUGGUGAGAUGUUCGAGGUGACCAUCGAUAAAAUGGUCGAUCGUUGGACCGGCGCGAUCGAAGCUGGCGUGACCGUCAUAAGGCCCGACGAAUUGGAAUUUCCAUCCACAAUGACGGACAUCGAUCACGAUACUUGGAUGCUGUCUGGUUCUAACGUUAUGCGAGACGGCGCAACUUUGAGAAAUCAUUAUGCCUGUGAUUUGGACAAAUUGGCAGAGGGUAAUCGUAUCGGUAUGAUGCGAUGUUCAGAUACUAGCUUGCAUUAUUAUUUAGACGGAGUGGAUCAAGGGCCUGCUUGCACGGGCUUACCACCACACGUCUAUCCUGUGAUUGAUUUGUAUGGUCAGUGUGUUCAGGUCACGAUUGUGCUACCCGAACGCAGAGAUCCCAUGACACAACAGUAUUUACCAUCGGAGAAUAGCACUAGUCAACAGCCUACAUCCGUGAUUCAACUUCAAGCUCAGACAGAAAUUAUGCACAAGUUUCAUGAGUCCGUUGGCUUAAACGUUCAGUUGAACAGCGAUAGAACAAUAGCGACUAGGUGUAGGGAAUACAAUAACGCUAUACUGCUAAGCGAGACACCAUUAGAGAAUAACGAGAUAUUCGAAAUUUCCAUUCAAGAAGUCGCGCGAGAAUGGAGUGGCUGCUUGAGGAUAGGCGUUACAAGUAACGAAAAUGGAAAUUGGUUAACGUCUAUGAACCUUGUACCUGGUAUGGGAUGUAUUCCAGUCGAUGCUUGGUACUUGACAGGUGACGAAGUGAGACACAACGGGUAUGUUCUGUGUAUGAAUUACUGUCCAAGCUUGGAAUGGUUACGCGUAGGCGAUAAAAUUGGAAUGAAACGCACGCACGAGGGUUAUUUAAAGUUUUACAUAAAUGGCGAGGACAUGGGCGUGGCAGCGUCAAACAUACCAGAAAUGGUGUACGCUGUUAUCGAGCUUUUUGGCAGUACCGUGGCUGUGAAUAUUACGAGUAGCAAGCAACAAAAUACCGCAGUAUCGCCAAACGCCAGCUUGAAGUUGCAAGAUUCUCUGGAGUUAUUACUAGAUCCCAUGCCGCCUGUUUUGCGCAAUGACGCUGGAAUGGAUACGUCUGUAGAUGUAUCCGAAGGAAAAUUAGUCAAUGAUAUAACGCUUACGCCAACGCAACCUACUUCCCAUUUGGUAGGAGAAAGCGAUUGGAACUACGAGUUUCAUGAAAAUCAUGGAAGAAAUAUACAACUCGAGUCCAAAACUGUUGCAAAAAGGGUUGCGAGUUAUAAUCAGGGAGUGGUAAUGUCUAGUCGUCCUUUAAUAAAGGGCAAGCCAUUUUUAGUAAAAAUAGAAAAGAUAAAUGAACGAUGGGUUUCCAAUGUUCUUUGCGGUGUGACUUGCAUCUCACCGGAGAAGGCUAACUUUCCUUUGACCGCUCUUGGUUUCAAAAAACACUCGUGGAUCAUCUGUAGCGAUUGGAUAUCGCAUAACGGUAUCAGGGUAAAAACAAAGUAUGGAGCUGCUUUGGAAGGUUUACAGUGCAAUUCUGUAAUAGGUUUGUUCAUCGACGAAGAAAAUAGAUUACGCUUAAUUAUUAAUAGUGUGGAUCAAGGAGUAGCCGCAACGGACUUGCCCCCCUAUGUUUACGCUGUGUUUGACCUGUAUGGUCAGUGUGAACAGGUUUCCGUUGUUGGAAAUAACGUUGAGACAUUUACGUCUUCUUCUGUCGACAAUACUGCGACUGUAACGUCGAUGGAAUGUAUCAGAACGAAGUUGGAGGACGCAGAAAAUUCAAGGGAGAAGGCUGACCUGGAGUGUCACGAAAAGGAGAACAUCGUUGCUGCAACGUGUUCGGAUCUGUCUACUUCCACGUCACCGAGUGUGCCCAGCCCGUGCAGUUCGAACGUUAAGGACGAUAAUAUUGUAGAAUAUUCGACGUGCAAUAAUGACAAUGCGCAUUUAACAAAUAGCAUUGAAAACAAAGCGGCUCCCAGUGUGUCCGACAGCAAUAAUUUGGAUCCAAGCUUAGAUGUGACCAACGAUACACGAAGCAUUAAGAAUAAGAGUUACGACAACUCGAACCAGCUGAACAAUAGCGCGAUAUCGAACAGCCAAUCCGAGAACUCGAUCAUUAGGAACGAAUGUACAAAUGUAGAGAUAAAUAACGCGACUAAUAUUAAUAUUAAAAACGCGAACAGCACCACCAACAUUACUAGUUUGAACAGUAACAACGCGAUAAACGAAAGCAUAGCGUCCAAUAGUCAAGGGAAUAAUAUAAGUGCCACGCAUCAGAAUCACGCAUCGACCAACAUGUUAAGUUCGUCGCAGACAUUCUCGUCUCAGAAUACGUUGAGCAACGCGACCUCCGACAUUUCUAAUACGGUUUCUUCUAAUUUCAACGAUGUACGUUCGAACAUGUCCUGGAACAACACCGUGUCCAUCGACAAUUCCGUCGGCGGAAACACGACUCUCUCAGGACAAAACCUAGCCCCCCCUUGCAACGCACCUUCAUUGCAACUAUUGCAAGCUCCAUCGUUACCGUCCACACCACUCGGAACGAACUCCGUACCCUCGAAAAAGUGCGAAUACUUAAAGGCGUGCAUGAGGUUAAAGAAAUCGUUGGUUCUGCCAGACGAGUUCUUCUCUCUGGACGACGUGUUGUGUUACUGUAGCGCAUGUUACAAAAUAGACGAAGAUAGUGCAGUUUGUAAGAAAGGCGAACCGCCAGCCGAGUUCGCUGUACCAAUUGGUUGGACCAGGUUUCCAUUGAAGCAAAACAUCAAUGCCAAUCAGAUCCCACAGAGUACAACGGAUAAGUGGCACGUUGCUUUCUAUGGUAUACGUCUGGAUGCGAUCAGAUUAAUCCUCGACACAGGAGAGCUUAUGACAAAGGAGCAGCUGGAUGUGAGUAAUCUAACUAUGAAUAUAAAGGCAGAAGACCAGAAUCCUCAGGUGAUUUUCUCCCCCAAUAUAAAGUAUGCUGCGUCCGAGGAGUUCACCAGAAAGUAUCCGUACAUCGAUACCCAGUCGAAUAAAAAGCUGAAUGCAUCUACCGCGUUCCAGUUGCUAGUAAGACCAGGUUCGUACACGAUCAGUCCUGGUGGCAAGGACGGCGACGAACCCCAGUUCAAUUCCAGCAAAUGGGCAACCAAAGAAGCAGGGGCCACAGUUAUUGUGGCUCUUUUAGUUUACCUCGAUGGAUUUUAAUUUAAUCUGCCAUGAAAAUAUAGGAACGUUCCACAUUACGAUCAGCUGUGGGAAACGCGUUUUCGUUUCGAGGACAAACGAAUGUACAUAAGCAUUAUAUAACGUAAUAUAAUUACUGUAAGAUUUUUUAAGAUGGAUUUUUUAUCUUAAAUUAUUCCGUCGAAUCUCCGCUAAAUGUAUAUUUACGUUAAAUUAUACGUUAGGUACCUUAGUACGAGCUAUUGCGAUCGAUUUUCACGAAAAUCUGUUGAAGAUUUUGUUACCCUUUUACUUAAUUUAGUAUACAAUUAUUUAUUGAAAGAUGAUACACGGUGGGUGUAAUUCCAUUGGCUGUCGAUUGAAGGAAUUUCAAUGAUCAAUUCGUUGAAGUAUACAGUAGUAUGUAUAUCAAAUACAUAGUGUUUGUAUUAUGUUAUACAGAUAAUGUAGCUACUGGUCUAGGUUUACGGCGUCGAACAGGCUCGCCGCCAUAUUAAAGAAGCACAUCUUAAUUGUCAAGAUUUACGCCUAACGAAUACCAAAUCUUUAAGUAUUAGUCACUAAACUGAAAGUCUCUCUUUCACUCUCACUCCCCUUCUUUUUUCUUUUGUUUAAAGCACCAAUUUGCAACGUCGAAACAGACACGUUAUAUGUAUAAUGUAGAAAUAAAUUGUUGCAAUUGUAAAUCACAACACGAGGCUACCAUAGAGAGUUCUCAAGAAUAAAAUUACCACGACUCGGAUACUUUCAGGAAAAUGUAAUAACUAUAUUUUCAAAUACGCUGUUUAGAGACGCAGUUUUUCUUUGUGAAUAUCAUGUGCACUAUUUAUA